GUCGGCUCCCGAGGGCUGGGCAGCCGGCGGCCGGUGUUGCGGAACGGGAACGGCGGCGGCGAGAAGAGGAUUGAACAGAAGUCGACCGAGUGGGGAGUUGGUGUGACCCAGCUGGAUGUGACCACCACGACAGAAUGGUGCUGGACUCAGGGGCUCAGGUGUAUGAGCAGGCACCCCCCAGCCCACCAUCCAGUCCCUCAUCCUUGGGCCAUAGGCUGAGGCCCUCAGACCGAGAUGGGACAGCACUGUACCCCUGGCCUCGGUCCCUGGCCUUGCCCCUGGCUCUCUCAGUCCGCUCAGCCCUGCGGCCCCGGUCUGAGCUGCAGCCCUUCUCAGAGCUGCACUUGGGCCACCGUGGCCACAUGCGUCGCAGUGAGAGCACCUACACUGUAAACAGUAUUGGCUGGCGGGGGGGCAGCACCCAAGGUCGGGCACCACCUGGACGGGGACGGGACCCAGGUGGGGGCACCCUGCGGCCUGCGACCUCCCUGCCUCACAUUGCUAAGACUCGAAAGGAUGCAGGCCGUGGUGCCAGCAAGAGCCCCUGCAUGUUGGUGGCUCUGCGGCCAACCAACAUGGACCGUGAGCGGGACAAGUUCUUCCAGUCCCAUUACACCUACAACCCACAGUUCGAGUACCAGGAGCCCAUGCCUACGGCCGUGCUGGAAAAGUACUGUGAGGCCUCUGGACAGUUCCUCCGUCAGGCAGUUGGCAUCAUUGAGGCUGUCCUGGAGAAGUUUGGUACCUAUGAACACUUUGAGGCUGCGACUGGGGGCCAGCUGCUGACCAAGUGCCAGAUCUGGUCCAUUGUGCGCAAAUACAUGCAGAAGGAGGGCUGCGCUGGGGAGGUUGUGGUGCAGCUGAGUGAGGACCUGCUGUCCCAGGCAGUGAUGAUGGUGGAGAACAGCCGACCAACAUUGGCCAUCAACCUGACUGGAGCCCGCCAGUAUUGGUUGGAGGGCAUGCUGCGGCACGAGAUAGGUACCCACUACCUGCGGGGCGUGAACAACGCGCGGCAGCCGUGGCACAGCGCCGAGGGCCGGCUGCAGUAUGGGCUGCGGCCAGCGAACCCCACCGAGGAGGGCCUGGCCAGCCUGCACAGUGUGCUGUUCCGCAAGCAGCCCUUCCUGUGGCGCGCUGCGUUGCUCUACUACACCAUCCACCGCGCCGCGCACAUGUCCUUCCGCCAGCUGUUCCAGGACCUGGCGCGCUACGUGCAGGACGCGGAUGUGCGCUGGGAGUACUGCGUGCGCGCCAAGCGCGGCCAGACUGACACCUCGCUGCCCGGCUGCUUCAGCAAGGAUCAGGUGUACCUGGAUGGCAUCGUGCGCAUUCUGCGGCAUCGCCAGACCAUCGAUUUCCCGCUGCUGACCUCUCUGGGCAAGGUAUCCUAUGAGGAUGUAGAUCACCUUCGGCCCCACGGGGUGCUGGACAACACCCGGGUGCCCCACUUCAUGCAGGACUUAGCACGCUACCGGCAGCAGCUGGAGCACAUCAUGACCACCAACCGGCUGGAUGAGGCAGAGCUGGGCCGCCUGCUGCCUGAUGACUGAUACUGGUUGAGGGCUACAGGCAGAAGCCCUGGAAAGAGGGCUACAGAUUAGCCCCCAGAACAUGAAGCUGGCUGCUCUGUGCUUCCACAGCCUGCGUGUUUCUUGGGGAAUGGGGAGGGCAGAAGCAUUUCAGGAGGGAGGAGAGGCAACAGCAGAGAGUUUGUGUUCCUUGCUAGCCUCCCUGGGCCCUGAAGGCCAACAGCAGCAUGUCAGGCAAACUAAAUCUGCCCUCCUGUCUCCAGCUGCCUUUUGAGCAGAGGAAAAGCCUGGGGGCAGAAGGGAAGCUGAGAAUGGAUGGGGAUGGGGGGUGGCUUGGGAGUAGAAACUUGUUCUUGCAUGAGAUGGCUUUGGGAGUCUGCAUACUCCAGUCUUUUCCUCCCCCACCUGGCCCCUUGGUGCUCCUUCAGCUUUCAUGCUGUCUACCUCUCACUGGGUCCUGGUGGGGAUCUCCCUUCUUCUGGGGUGAUUGCCUGAGCCUGAGGUCCUGGCUUUCACACAGACUCAAGGAGCAGGGAUCCUGGUAGUAGAGACCCAGCUGGGCUGGGGUGUGCUUUCCAACAUUUUGCCUCUCCCACUGUCAUUUAUUUAUUCCUUAUUUAUGUGCUCUACUUACUGGGGCUGGGACGCGGCAGCUUCUGAAGGUUCAGUGGAGGGAACAGGGCUCCUCUGGAAGG